AUGGCGUCCGCACAAGCCGCGAAGAAGGAACUGCGCAAACAGAUCAAGCAAAUCUUGGCUGUUUUGCCGCAGGACGUGGUUGCACAGCAGACCUCUCGUGCCGUCGGAGCGCUUUUGGCUUUACCAGAGUACCAGGCGGCCAGGCGCAUUAGCGUCUACCUGUCUAUGCCUGCAGGAGAGAUUUCCACGGCAACCAUAGUCCAUGACGCGCUUGCCCAGGGCAAGAAGGUCUUUGUGCCAUACACGUAUCAGCGUUCUGUGCAGCCAGAACUGAAGCCCAAAUCAAUCAUGGACAUGGUCGAACUUGACUCAUUCCGAGACUUUGAGAGUUUCCAGCCGGAUAAAUGGGGCAUCCCAACACCAAGCGCAGAGUCAAUCACAGGUCGCAAGAACAGUUUUGGGGGCCAAGGCCUCUCUGAAGGUGAUGCUAAUCCAGUCAGUGGGGCAGAGUCAGGACUGGACCUGAUCGUCGUGCCUGGCAUGGCCUUUGAUGCCGACUUUGGUAGGCUGGGGCACGGGAAAGGCUUCUACGACUUCUUCCUGGACAGAAGCCAGCAACAUAGCCAGAAAGCUUCUGGCGUCCGCAUGCCCUUCCUCGGUAUGACCGCAGUCCGUCAUCUCACCAACGCAGAUGUGAAGGCUAAUUCGGAGCAAUUAGUUGGACUCGCAUUAAAGGAGCAGCUACUGCCGCCGGCUCAGUCCGUACCUAUGGACGCGACCGAUUGGAGGCUUGACGCACUCGUGGUCGGCAAUGGAGAAGUUCUUCGAUCCACCAAGGCCCAGCCUAACGCGUCCACGCCGUAG